CUUGCUCUCGGUCUUCACAGCCAGUACUCUCAUCGCCUAACUCCAACUGGUCAUGAUAUUGAGUCAAUUCAGGUGAUCGUGAAACCGUCCGGGGUGUUGCAGCAAGUCCGCAUAAUGGCAUCGCAUUCCACCUCUCUCCGUGACCGUCAGGUCGCUUCCAUUCAAAAAUUACUAAACUUGAAUCACGAUACACAUCCCACCGACGAAACCCACCCCGACGGCUCUGCCCAGGGUCUGUUCUCAACUCCCGUCUUGAACGAGGACGGGGAUCCGAUUUGGAAAGUCUUGGUAUUUGAUAACCUAGGAAGAGAUGUGAUUAGCAGCGUCCUGCGUGUCAAUGACCUUAGGACAUGGGGGGUCACAAUCCAUCUCAACAUCAACGCCAAUCGCUAUCCGAUACCCGAUGUACCUGUCAUCUAUCUCGUCGAGCCUACCGCUGCCAACAUCCAGGCGAUCGCCAAUGACCUCACCCGCGGUCUCUAUUCCCCCGCCUACAUAAACUUCCUCUCCUCCGUACCUCGACCCCUGCUGGAAGACUUUGCCUCUCAAAUCGCAACUACAGGCACCGCAGAACAUGUCGCACAGGUCUUUGACCAGUACCUGAACUUCAUCGUUGCGGAACCAGACCUCUUUAGCCUGGGAUUAGGCAACGAUGCCUACUGGAAGAUCAACAGUGCACAAACAAGCGACGAUGACUUGGAUGUUAUCGUCGAUCGGAUUGUCAGCGGGCUGUUCAGCGUCAGCGUUACGAUGGGUUCGAUUCCCAUCAUUAGGUGUCCCAAAGGCGGGGCGGCGGAGCUGAUAGCUACUAAACUCGAUCGCAAGCUCCGCGAUCAUAUCCUCAAUUCGAAAGACAAUCUCUUCUCCAGCAAGAAGGCCACGCCCGGCGUGCCUUCAUCGCGACCGGUCCUGGUCAUUGUCGAUCGCAACGUGGACUUAGUUCCCAUGCUGUCUCACUCUUGGACCUACCAGUCCCUUGUUCAAGAUGUUUUGCAGAUGCGUCUCAACCGGAUCACAGUAGAAACAACGGAUGAUACAAAUCCAGCAAAGGGUGUAACGAAGCGGGCGUACGACCUGAAUAGCAAUGACUUCUUCUGGAAACGCAAUGCCGGUGCACCCUUCCCCCAGGUUGCCGAGGACAUCGAUGCGGAACUGACGCGAUGUAAAGAGGAUGCCAAUGAGAUAACCAAAAAGACCGGAGCCUCUUCUAUUGAAGACCUGCAGAACGAUACCAGCGCCUCAGCGCAGCACCUCAAGGCAGCCAUAACGCUACUACCUGAACUGCGGGAACGGAAAGCCAUUCUCGACAUGCACAUGAACAUUGCCACCGCCCUCCUCAAGGGUAUCAAAGACCGCCAGCUGGAUAACUUCUUUGAGCUCGAAGAGAAUAUCACUAAACAGUCCAAGACGCAGAUCAUGGACCUCAUCAACGACUCCACAAAGGGCAACAACCCGACCGACAAGCUCCGCUUAUUCAUCAUCUGGUUCCUGAGCACGGAGACCGAAGUCUCCCGGGCCGAGAUGAGCCAGUUUGAAGAAGCCCUGACGCGCGUAGGUGUGCAGGACGUCAGCCCACUGUCGUACGUCCGCCAAGUUCGCGAGAUCACGCGGAUGACGAUGAUGACGACGGCGACGGCGGGCGCCGCGCCGCAACAGCAACAAUCGUCGAAUCUCUUCCGCGGCUUCUCUUCGCUCUCCAACCAACUGACCGACCGCAUCACCUCCGGCGCCCUCGGCGCCAACUUCGACUCCCUCAUCUCCGGGGUCAAGAACUUUCUCCCAGCUAACAAGGACCUCACCCUGACCAAGAUCACCGAGUCGAUCAUGGACCCGGCCUCGGCGUCCAGCUCCGCCAUCGCCAAGACGGAGAAUUAUCUGUACUUUGACCCGCGCAGCGCCAACGCUCGCGGCGCCAUGCCCCCGGCCUCCGCAUCCCGGAAUGCUCAGAGCCAGGGUGCUUUCGGCGGCAGCGGUGCUGGCCCCGGCACCACAGCGACCUUCGGGCAGCGGCGCCAGGGCUUCAACGAGGCCAUCGUCUUCACCGUCGGCGGCGGUAGCAUGGACGAGUACGGGAACCUGCAGGACUGGGUCCGUCGGGCGAAUGGUCAACAGGAUGGUAGUGGUGGUAGUGCCGGUGGUGUCCGGGGCGCUGGGCCGGGUGCGUUCACUGGGCCCCGCCGGAGGGUGGUCUACGGUAGUACGGAUCUGAUGAAUGCCAAUGAGUUCUUGACGGAGUCUCUGGCGAAGCUGGGGCGGGAAGGUUGAGCGGUGACCGGGGCGGAAUUCCUUAGCUCUUCCAGCGUUUACCUUCUCGAGGCACGUAGUAUUGGUAGUAUUGUUGUACCUUGAGCCUGAUUCGACACGCUUGAUGUGACAAAAAGAGUUCAGAAGAAUUCGGCGCCGCGAGCUGCUACUCAGUAGGUAAUUCUAAACCUUUACUCCUGGAGUUUAUACUUGGAUCAUGUGAAUGGACCGUGCAUCGAUUGCUCUCUGCUUUUGAACGGAAUAGAAUGAAGAUGAAGAUUAGCACAAAACUAGUUUCUGCGUGUGUGUGCAAAGCAGAUCAAGAAUCG